AUGUCGGUGCUACGAAAUUUUCUUACUAGGACAGAUGAAAAGCCAGAAGUACCGGGGCAACAAGGAUCGGAGGUCAUUCAGGAACGCCCAGCUUUGACAGAAUUAAUAGAGCAUCGAGUGCUACUUCCGAGUGAACCGAGCACGACACAAGGGACCUUUCAACUAAGACAAUCACCGAUAGAUGUAGAAAUGGCGCAGUCCGGAGCCAAAUCGUUACAUGGUUCAUUCCAGGAGUCGAAAAUUCUAGCACAAGAUUCAUCUUUGCCGGAAACUUCAAAUCGCCUACUGACGGCACUGCGAGAGCCGAUUGCCCAGAAGGUCUUCCUACACAGAUUGCAUCCUGGUGCUACCGAAUCGGAGAUGCUCACAGAAGCCAUCCGACUGCAUCUCUUGCAAAUUGACUUAGAGGCCACUGAUGAUGGCCGCGGAGCUGGUAAACGAGUCGUGUACGAUUUGCGAGCAGGCGGGCUAGAUGAGAGCAACCUGGCACCAAGCGCAGAUCAGAUACGUUCAAACGACGUGCGCCUACCGAACGACAGGCAUCCACCGCGACCAACGCACUACGUGCAGCUCGAAAUGAAGGCAACAAACGAGCACACGCCACAGAAUCCAGCAACCAGCGAUUCUGGUUUUCAGCAAUCAGCAGGGUACACUUCGCUUCUAGAAGCGAUUCCGAUUGUCACGCAAGCAGAACCCGAUGCUCUCGAUUCUACCGUACCGUUAUUCCCCAUUGCAUCUGCGACUGAUCCUCAAUUGCAAGUGGUCCAGUCGCAUCCCGUCUGCAUGAUCCUCGAGGGACAACAGCCACAAUUCCUGAUGGUGUCCCAGGGACAGCCUUCCUGCCUCGUUGACGUCCUCGGCCUAAGCUCGAAUGAAAGAAUUUCUGAUUCUGUAUCCGAAGGUUCCCAACGACCAGCUGAAAGAAGUACACUGACGGGAGAAACAUUCGAAGAAUCGAGUCAGACACCGAAUUGCACAGAUCUGCCCGCAGCAGGAGCACCACGGCAAUUGGUGAUAGCUGAUAAACAAAUGAAUGCUACGCAACAGUAUGAAGUUAUUAACUUGGACAGCGAGGACUCAAAUGUAUGCUUUUAA